AUGGACGUGGUGGGAAACACCUCCUCCUUCCCGCCGGGAGGGAACGCACCGGACGCGAGCUCCGCAGGGAACGAAACGGACUGGCAAAGGAAGAUGUCACCCAUGGCGACAGCUGCCGGUGAAAAGGGGGAACCCAGCCUAUACAGCUGUGGUGCUGACGCCUUACCGCCAGGUUUGAGUGUCAUGCCGUCUUCAGUGGCGACUUCCCUUGCCCCACACGCCGCAUUGGAUGCAUGCGUCGAGGCGUUUCGCGUGUACACUUCUGCGGCGCUUGUGCUUCCAGAGGAAAAAGCGGUUAUUCUUUCCAUGUUGGAUGCCGUGGCAAAGUACACCCAGGCGCGCCUGCGCACCCAGAAAAUCUUUCAUGAGUGUGAGGCAUGCUUGCACCAGGCCGCGCAGCUGCAGACCAGCAUUAGUGCAGCGGCGGUAGCAUUUGCCUCAUCAACCUUGAGCAACGUGACGGAUAACUUUGUGUUUCAGUCGCCGUUACCUGCAGUGGGUUUUACGUCAAGCACAGCGAACCUACAGCGGGGACGGGCCAAGGUGGACACGGAUCUAGCCGAGUGUAGGCGGAUGCUACAGCAGGUGGAGGCCUUUGCGCGGGCGUUUCAGGACCUGCAACGACGUCGGGCACGUUUGCUUGAAGGUCUUGAGGAUGAAAAGCAGCGCCAGCUCCCACCACCCUCUCCUCAGUGUCACGAUGUUGCGCAUAUGCCGCUUGCCGCGCCCCCUGUCUCCCAGCUUCACGCCACGCUGGAGGAUUGCAUUUCACAGCUGCACACACAGUGGGAGACGCACGUCACGGCCACUGCAAACAGUUUUGUAUGCAGGCUGCACGGCACCCGCCCUCAGGAGAGCGGUGAGGUGCUCGACAGCAAUGAAGGGGAGUUGGUAGAUAACGUGCGUUUGCUCAUGUCGCUGCUGCAGGUGUGCGACAACACGCUUGGCCGUGUGGAUACGAUGCGCAGCCGCAUCAGUCGCCUUGGUUCGAGCCGCAUUGAAGAAGCAGAGGCGCUUGAAAAGCUCCUUGCGAACAUGGAUCAUUAUGACCCGACCGCUGAGGAACACGCGGGACGGCGCAAGCAAAUCGAUGCGGAGUUGGAGGAGCUGCGGAGUUGGUUGACGCACAUUGGGCAGCUUCGCCAGCGGGCGAUGAGCACAGCAGAGUUGCUGCAGCAGUUUUUGCUCAACGAAAACAGGGAGGCUGCGGGUUCCGGGCGAACCUCCUCGUGCCUGCCGCUGCCCAGCGAGGGUGGAAGCGCACCGUCGUCGCACCGGCCAUCGCUGGGGGGCCCGGCCUCCCUGGACGAGUGGCGGCAGGCUUUGAUUGCGCCAGACACCGCCGCCGCGAAAGAGACGGGCAGACACGCCGCAGAUGCCACUGCGGCUAGCGGAGACGCUAGCGCCAGUGCCGCGACGGAUCCCGCCGCCCCCGCGUUGACUCCGGCAGACAUCGCCUGCAAAAACGAGUAUCCGACGUCUGCAGUGCCCACUGCCGCUGAGGGCGUGAGCAACGCGGAGGACAACUCUGGCAGCGUUGCCUUGCCGGGGCCACCCAGGAGUGCCGCCGCUGUGGCUGAAGACUGCAACACGAACACGGUGCCGGAAGGGAAGUGCAGGCACGGCCCUGCAGGGCUGCAGCCUGCUCCUGGCGACGCCAGUGGAGAUGAUGAUGGGGAUGACGACGCGACGUCUUCAUACCACGCCAGCGCCUUUGACGAAAACGACAGUCGGGGGCAUGUGGAGAGUGGCGCCCGCUGUCGCCGGCGACGAAAGCGCCCCGCCGCUGCGGGGUACUUGGGCGGCAUCGCAGCGUUUGCCAGAGCGGUGGUGCAGCGGGCCACGCGGUUCAGUGACUCGGAGUACAGCUCCGCGAGCGACUGCGAGAGCGAGACGGAGGGGCGACGCCGGCGACGACUUGAGUGA